UACACAGUCACAACAGCAGGAGUGAUCUCACCUCCUCUCCACCCCUUCUAUCUGCCGCCGCUGCCAGCCUCCAAAACGCGCGUAUCCGCGAGCAGUGCUGGUGCGCACAGAGAGACGGUGAGGGUGUACACGCAUACACGGUGGAUUUCCCCGACCAGGACCACUACUGAGAGACAGAGCCGACCAUGGAAGAACUUACGGCAUUCGUGUCGAAAUCUUUCGAUCAGAAAACCAAAGAGAGCAGCAAGGAGAGCAUCACGUACAGGGAAGUUUUGGAGAGCGGCUUGACGCGGGCGCGGGAGCUGGGCAGCCCGGAGACGAACCUGCAGGACAUAACGGAGAGCAACCACUGCCCGGUGCAUCUGUUCAAGGACCACGUCGAGCUGGAAAAGGAGAAACUCAAGGACUUUAAUGUUUCGAGGGCGACAGAGGGAAUAUACGACUGCAAGGAGAAAAAGGAGGACGUGAAGUCGGAGGACGAGGACGCGCAGGGCAAACUGAAGCAGCGGAGGAGUCGCACGAACUUCACUUUGGAGCAGCUCAACGAGCUGGAGCGGCUGUUCGACGAGACGCACUACCCGGACGCCUUCAUGAGAGAGGAGCUGAGCCAGCGGCUCGGACUGUCCGAGGCCCGGGUGCAGGUUUGGUUUCAGAACAGAAGAGCAAAGUGUCGAAAACAGGAAAACCAGAUGCACAAAGACAUCUUUCCCUUCUCCCCAGGUGUUAUUCUGGGCAGCGGCAGCCACCUCGAUGCAUGCAGAGUAGCACCCUACGUCAACAUGGGUGCCCUCCGGAUGCCCUUCCAGCAGGUACAAGCACAGCUCCAGUUGGACGGGGUCACCCACUCCCACCCCCACCUGCACCCUCACCUGGCCGCUCAUGCUCCCUACCUGAUGUUCCCGCCCCCUCCUUUCGGACUACCAAUCGCGUCUCUCGCCGACUCGGCCUCCGCGGCAGCGGCGGUGGCGGCAGCCGCCAAAAGCAACAGCAAGAACUCGAGCAUCGCCGACCUGCGACUCAAGGCAGGACUUCUGCGGGGCCAGUGGCUCAGUCCACUCCAGGCACAGAUCACAUCCCAAGGACCGUACAAACACAUGUGGAUGUCUGUCUGAGGGCCGGGCCGGGGCCCGUCAGACCAGAAGACGUUAGAACAAAGCAAACUGGCAGGCAGCAGCAGGGCCAAAAGCAGAGCCUCGCUGACGCUGGCUGCCGCCAUGUUGACAGUACAGAGGGUUGAGCUUUGGGGGAAAACAGACCCACACAUCACCUCACCGAGGCUUUGGAACGGCUCUCAUCUUUACACCCCCCCCCCCCCCCCCCCAUCUCUUGCUAGGAAAAAAAAAAAAGAAGGAAAAAGAAAAAACAAACCUUUUUUAAGAAAAAAAAAGGCCAUAUUUGUCUCCAAACCACUGUGUUCCCUGCUGCUGCCAAGUGCAUGAGCUCUAAUGGAGGACCGUUGUGGGACUUGUCUCCAUCCACACCUGACACAAACGCUUUACAACUGUUUUUAACACUGCCAUUCAGUGCGCUCCCCGCCCCCCGCCCCCCCUUCCUUCCUCCGACGCCUUCAGAGUCGAAGGUUCCGGUAGCCCUCCUCUUAUGGACUCGUGCUGUAACAAAAGCAACAAUGCUCUUUCCCCCCUCCGCUGCAGAGGAGAGACGUUACUCGGCGUUGCUGGGCAUGUUUUCGGCCAGGCCUGGGUGUGCAUCACUCCUCUCUCUCUCUCUCUCCCCCUGUCUUUUGGUUUUUUUCUUUCUGUUUGUUGUGUUGUAUCUUGGGUAAAGAAGUGAAGAUCGCCUUUGCACUUCAGGUCUUGUAUGUGGGUGUUUACAAAUGGCACUACAAGCAGAAACUACUUUACUAAUUGGGAAAAACAGGGGUGGGCGCGGGCUUUAAUAUUGUCAUGCGAUCGGCAGAAAGGACGCUAUCUGGGAUAAAGGGUAUAUAAAUGGGAUUUUUUUUUUCUUUUCUUUCUUUUUCUAAAUCUGAAAAUAUGAAGAACGCAUCAGUCAAACUGAAAUGCAAGGGUGUGCAGUUUAAGUGCAAUACUGUAAAUAGCAAAAAAGUAAAAACAGCUAGCAGUUAAUCCUCAACGAUGAAGAGACCCGAUGUGACUCUUUUGUUGUUUCCCAUGCACUGUUGGAGUGUUGAAUUUCUUUGCCAAAACACAGCAGUGAAUUUUUUUUUUUUUUGUUUAUAAUCUACGGCGGUGUAUAUUUAGUUGGAGGACGGUCGCUCAGAACCAGGUGCCAUAUCCCACGUAACCUCCUGUGUAUUCAGUGCGUUCUCUGUACGUCGGGCACAGCCAUCGCUUGUUGAGGAAGACAUGAGCACAUUUUUGGACGAUGCAAAAAUGAGGGUCAAUUUAAAAUGCCGAUCUGUACUAACACGAGCAAAAACUUUUAACUUUUUGAUUCUGGAAAGAGAAACGACAAUAAAAAUCAUCCAAUCAGCGCCGUAACCCGAACCAGGCUUCUGUUCUGUUUAAUCCUGAUUUUGCAUGUUAUACGUGACAUUUUCAUCGUUAAUUUCUAAUGAAUUCUGACCGGCUGACACAUUUGGAUUCAAUUCAGAGAUUAUUUUAAGGUUGUUGUAAACACUGCUGUCAGAGCUGCGCUAAAGCUGCGGAUCGGUUUCUGGUCUACGUACCUCUAACAGUCUCCAAACAUCUUCUCUGUUCACAGACCUCCAUUUAGAAAUGUUUAUGUCUCCAUUUUAAAUUAAACAUAUGGGUGUUUUAUUUAUUAUUUUGUCUGAAAGUUUAUGAAAGAUGAAAUAGUUGAACUACAAGUGUACAUUUUUACAUGGCUUUGCAUUUAUUUUUGUAUGUUUUUUUAAGUGUUGAAUUUGAAUUAGGAGGUGUGGCUGUAGUGCAUUGUUUGCCGAAAAAAAAAACAAAAAAAAAAAUGUAGCGUGUCCGAGUUUACAAACAUUUCAGGGAUGGUUGAAUU